UGUGCCCCCAACGCAAUUGGCAUUUCAUUUCAGGAGUGAUAGAUCCUGUCAUGAUGUCCUGGCGCUCACCAGCAUGGUUGCUCUUCCUCACCACCACCAUACUGAUGAGCACCACGCGCCUGCUGGCACUUGCAGGGAUGGCGCGCCCCGGCUGCCAGGAAAGAUGUGGCAAACUCAGCAUCCCCUACCCUUUCGGCAUCGGCCCCGGCUGCUUCCGCCGCGGCCUUGAGGUCACAUGCGACCACAGCACAGGAAGAGCCUACCUGGGUGGCCAAGGAAGUAAUGUCUGGGCCUUCGAUAUCUUCCUGCUGCAAGGGGAGGCUCGAGUCCACAAGCAUCUGACGUGGGACUGCUACGAUGACACUGGCAUCAGUAAUUUCAUUAGAUCUCCCCUGGAUCUGCACUCUUACCAGAUAUCACACACCAAGAAUAAGUUCACGGCAAUUGGGUGCGAUACCAUCGCUUUCAUCCAAGGUGAAAACACAAACUCCUACACCAGCGGAUGCAUGUCCUUUUGCAGCAGCAAGGCGAGCGUUGACACCAGUGGCCAGUGCACCGGCAUGGGUUGUUGCCAGACAUCCAUCCCAGCAAAUCUCACAUACUUCAACACCACCUUCUCAACAAGGCGGAGUGCAAGCGUGCUGGAUUUCAACCCCUGCAGUUAUGCGUUUGUGAUUGAGACCCAACAGUUCAGGUUUGAUGUCUCUGAUCUUGCAGGCUACAGUUUUGCUUACAAGUACAGUGAUGGCGUGCCCCUAGUGCUCAACUGGGUUGCUGGAAAAGAAUCCUGCGACGAAGCCAAGAAAAAUAUGUCACCCUAUGCAUGUCUUAGCAAGAACAGUGAGUGUGUUCCUUCAGACAACGGCCCGGGGUAUCUCUGCAACUGUUCCAGCGGCUAUGGGGGAAAUCCAUAUCUAGAAGAAGGCUGCCAAGACAUCGACGAAUGCGACUUUCCUGAGCAGUAUCUCUGCCUUGGCCAAUGCACUAACAUAAUUGGAAGCUACAGCUGCACAUGUCCAAAGGGAACUCAAAGCACCAAUGCGAGUACAAUAAAUUGCAGUCCCUACCAGGAUCAUACACAAACUUUAAAGAUGGUCUUAGGUAUUUCUAUCAGCACAGUCUUUCUCCUUGUUUGCAUCUUUCCUCUGGUAAUUGAGUAUCAAAAGAGAAAGCUCGUCAAAGAGAAGGAUGGUUUCUUCAAGCAAAAUGGUGGGUUUAUUUUACUUGAACAAAUGCGAUCAAGACGAGUAGAAACAGUAAGAGUAUUCUCGAAAGAGGAACUAGAGAAUGCAACUAAUAAUUUUGACAAGAGAAGAGAACUGGGAAGAGGGGGGCAUUGCACAGUAUACAAGGGGAUUAUGAAGGAUAACAGAACUGUAGCCAUAAAGCGCUCGAAAGUUUGCAACACAAAUCAGAAGGAUGAAUUUGUGCAGGAGAUCAUUAUACUUUCUCAAAUAAACCACAAGAAUGUGGUCAGGCUUCUAGGUUGUUGUUUAGAAGUGGAAGUUCCUAUGUUGGUCUAUGAAUACAUCCCAAAUGGCACUCUCUUCCAGUUGAUCCACAGUGAAGGGCCAUCCAUCUCAUUGGAUGACAGGCUAAGAAUAGCCAUCGGAUCUGCAGAAGCGCUAGCGUAUCUCCAUUCUUCUGCAUUCCCCUCCAUAAUACAUGGAGACGUGAAAUCUUCAAACAUUCUCCUAGAUGACAAAUACAUGGCAAAAGUGACUGAUUUUGGUGCAUCACACAUGGUUGCGAAGAAUGAGACCCAUUUUAUGACUAUUGUCCAAGGAACUCUCGGCUAUUUAGACCCUGAAUAUCUACAGGAACGGCAACUAACAGAAAAGAGUGAUGUUUAUAGUUUUGGGGUUGUGAUUUUGGAGCUAAUCACGAGGAAGACUGCAAUCUAUUCUGAGGAUUCCAGUGAGCGGAAAGGACUUGCAUCAUCUUUCAUGAUCGCGAUGAAGGAGAACAACCAUCAAGAUAUGUUGGACAAAAGCAUAACAGGGGUAGGGAUGGAACCACUUGGAGCAAUUUCUGAACUCGCGAGGAAAUGCCUCAGUAUGAAGGGGGAAGAGCGACCACAGAUGACCGAAGUUGUUGAGCAGCUUAAAGUAAUAAGAAGAACCUGGCAAGAAAAGUUGACAGAGCAUCAUGCUACAGAAACAGAAAAUCUGUUCGCAGAACCCUGUGGUACAAAUUAUCCUUCCAGCUUUGCGCAAUACAGAAGCAUCGCCAUAGAGUUAGAGCAUGGCAGAUGAUCUAGACUACUGUGAACUAAAUAUAUUCAAAGCAGCAGCUGGGUUUCAGUUCUAUAUA